AUGACAACGAUGCGUGGCGGUAUGGAUUCGGUGGGAGAUAAGAAUCACGUGAUCGGGAGCGUCUGCCGGAACCACCGCAAGGGAUUCGGCGACAUCAACGACAUCACCAGGCAAGCCAAGUGCAUGAACAGGGAUAUAGAGAGGCGGGAUGUCGAGAAGUUCCUAGGAGCCCAUAGUAGUGCUGCACUGGAGCGGAAGAGCCAAACAGAGGCGAGGUCGCAUGAAAGCGAUUUCAUCCGACGGAGCCGUCCAAAGCUUACUGCUGAAGAUGAUAUCGUAAGGGAAAGGCGACGGAACACUGGUGCUCCCGCCUACCGCUUGUUCAAUCGCACUGAGCCUGAGUGUCGAGAAGUAGAGUGGGCUCGCCCUCCCUUUGCACAUCCCUGCCGUGCAACAUGUGAUGAGUACAACAGGAAGGAGAUCAUGAUGUCAGCCUUGCAUCUCGAGCGAUCGAACUCCCUGCGCCCGCAGAGUGCGGGCGCUAAGUCCAUGCCCAAGAGCCAGGAGCCCAAGGAGCUCAAGCCAGAGACCAAACGCCGUCCUGCCAGCGCGGCGGCCUCCCGGAGCUCCUCCAAGUCGGCCUCCGGCUCGGGCCUCAGCAAACUUACGCCCGCCCUCCGCUUGGAGGUGCAGAAGGUCGUGGCGUCUCAAGUGGAAAAGAUCGUGCAGCCAUUGAAAGAGCAGCUGGAGAAGGAGCGACUGACCAGGCAACGCCUAGCUUUGUCUCUAAGUAGCCUGUAG